AGGUACGGCGUGGAGGUGCCGGCCAAGUCAGGGGAGGGGCAAUCGGCGUCAUCAUCAUCGUGGGCUGCUGCGGCCGAGGACGACGAAGAAGACAGUGACGGCCAACUCAUGAGGGCAAUGGCGACCGGUGGCCAUUCUGGUCCAAGAGCCUUCAUCCAGCCUCGCACUCUGGACGACUACGUCAAGGCAAAGCUAUGGGAGUGGAUAUGUGGAAUUACUGCAAACGCCGGCGAAACUCGGUCCAUAGUCGUGGCGUCACCAUACACAUAUUAGGAUCUCCUCACCCUUAUACAUGAAAUUUGGGGUCCGUCGUCGCCCCGCGGCUACGAUCCCAUUGUCGUGGUUGACAUCCCGGCAGUGCACCCGGAUUAUGCGCCGCUAAGGCCCAAGGAAGUUCUCUUCUACAUUCUGCGCGAGCUCAAGCAUGCCAAAGCCAACCCCCAGGAGCAAGGCACAGAAGUGGACCAUUGGGAAGUUUACGUAAGAAGAUUGCAAAUUUAUAAUGAAAAGAAGAGGGCUAUUGCUCUUCUUAAAAUCGAGAAGAAUAUCGAAGAGAUGAAGGUUUAUGGUAAGCUUGAUAAAAUCGGAAGUGAUAUUCAAGGUCAACUAGAGAAGGGCAAUGGACUACCCAAGGUCGAUUUUGACCAGUUGGACCUCGACGUACAACUUCACCUACUGCUCCGGGUAGCGUCUCAACAAGAUCAAAAAGGGAAGAACAAAGACAUGCAUAGAUUUCCAGCGUGGGACAACAAUAACAUCAUCGUCAAGAAGCUUAAAGAGCAUAUGGAAGCAAAGGAGAAGGACAAUAAGUUUGAAGAGGAAGAAGCAGCCAAGCAUAUGUGGGUGGAAGGAGAAGAAGCCGCGGCCAAGCAUAUGGAGGAGGAAGGAGUAGCCAAGCAUCUGGAAGAGGGGGGAGGAAAAGUAACCAUGCAUAGGGAGGAGGAGGAAGGAGGCAGAGAAAUCAAAAGUCAGCAGAUGGCAUGGAUUCAGCUCGAUGAGGCACAAUAUGCACACAUCCUGCAGAAGCUGUUCCCCAAGAGCAACAGCAAGCCCCCGCAGGCUCAGGACAGAUCCUUGGGCAGGCAAGCUACAAAGAUCACAACGCCUACAUUGGGUGGGGAUCAAAUCAAAAAACUAUUCCACGACGCGAAGGAAGACAUGUUACGGGACCUGCAGCAAGGCAAAUAUGACAGGAGUGAAGGGAUAGAAACAGAAAUUGCUUCUGAAACUUUUGCCUGUUUCAUGGAUCAGAUGAUGGUCAAAAUGAAGAAUGAGUUCAAAGAGCAGCUCAAGAUCAAAGGGCUCGUGGACGAGAUUAAAAAUAACUUGAAUCGUCUUCCGAAUAAGUGUGAAUGCCCCCUGUUUAUCCUCAAAGUUGAUGAGCUGAUGGAUGUUUCCACAUAUGAGGAUACCAGAAAUGCUUUGAGCCUGUUAAAAUGCAGCGCCGAUAUGAUGAUCGUCACGGCCACAAAGGACAUCCAGCUGGCCAGAGAAUAUUGCUAUCCCCAGAUGGAACCUAUAGACUGUUCUCUUGCUAGCCUCUACCAUGAUACAAUGCACGAGCUUACAGGCCAGCAGAAGAAUGAAGACAGCUACAACCCCCAAAUUUUUCAUGAUAUCUUACAGCAGUGUGAGCCACAUGAAUUCAGCAUGAAAAUCUUCACUCAUGCUUUGUAUGCUAACCCCAAGAGGAGCGAUGAGGAGUUACUCAAGCUGCACAAAACUCUCCGGGUUUUGCCAACAAGAUCAUUCAACAGCAUCGCUAAGGUGAUGUUCAAGUUCUCUUACGGUGAUCUGCCUAAAGAAUACAAGUCAUGCUUGUUGUACCUAGCUAUCUUCCCUCCCGGACAAAAGAUCAGGCGGUCAACCUUGAUUGCACGCUGGGUUGCAGAAGGGCUGACAUCCAAGGAAGAUUGGCCCAGUUCUGUGCGUCAGGCCAACCGAUGUUUUGACGCACUCGUUGGCCGCUGCCUAGUUUAUCCUGCUGAUAUUGAUGCCACAGGAAAUAUAAAGAGCUGCGUCGUAGAUGAUCGAAUUCAUGGAUUCAUUACCACCAUUGCCAGAAAACAACACAUUGUGGAGACACGACUGCCACGUCACUUGGCUCGCCACUUCUCCAUUUUCAAUGAUCUCCAACUCCGUAGCUCUGAUACAAUUGAUAAAUUCUUCCAGGGGCUCUCUAAAUCAUCUCAUGUAUCCUUGCUCAAGGUGCUAGAUCUAGAAGGUUGUCGGUGCUUUCGUGGGAAGAAUCAGCGGUACCUCAAGGAAAUCUGCAGCAAGAUGUUACUGCUCAAGUAUCUGAGCCUGAGGAGAACAGAUAUUACCCAGCUACCCAGCGAAAUCAACAACCUCCGUGAGCUAGAGGUACUGGACAUCCGAGAAACUAUGGUGCCUCCACAUGCAACAGCAAAUAUCCUGCUAUUGAAGCUGAAGCGUCUGCUUGCUGGUUACAUUGAUUGUUCAAGCAAUUUUGGCUCUAGUGGAAGGAUUCCUCAUAGGAUUGACAAAAUGGUAAACAUUGAGGUACUAUCGAAUGUCAAGGCCCAGAAGAGUCAAGAUUUAAAAGAUAUUGGAAAGCUACGGCAGCUGAGGAAGCUAGGAGUGGUCAUCGAUGAUAAGGAUAGUCACCUCAAGAAUUUGCUUGAGACGAUCAGUGACCUACAUGAGUGCCUCCGUUCUCUGUCAAUCACUGCUAUUCCUAUAGCCACACCAUGGGAAUGGGAGGGUACUCCUUACAGUGCAGAGUUACCAGAUGGCAUAGGCUCUCUCUUAGAAAACCAUCCCAAGAUUCUUGAGAGUCUAAGCAUCAGGGGAACCACACAGAAGGGGCGUCUUCUUCCAUUGUUCAUAAAAGGUGAUAAAAACGAACUUGCCAAGGUAACCCUAUGUCACACUCUGCUGAGCCAAGAUGAUCUGAAAGUCCUUGCCAAGCUGCCCAAGUUACGGUGCAUAAGGCUCCAACACAUUGCAUGCACCGAGUCUAUGUUGAACUUCAAGAAGGAUGAAUUCAGAUGCCUCAAGUACCUUCUUGUUGAGGGCUCGGCCUUGACUAAUAUCACUUUUGAGCAUGGAGCAGCCAAAGAGCUCGAGAAGAUGGUUUUGUCUUUCACCGGCAUAGGUUCUAUUUCUGGAGUUGACUUUCUUCCAAAAUUUAAAGAGCUCGAGAUGAACAACAGCUUCUGUGGCAGUUUGUUAUCAUCAUUUGACAAUGCCAAACAGAUAGCCAAGCUGACUCUUUGUGGUACAUUGCUAGAGCAAGAUGCUCUACAACUGCUCACCAAGAAACCAAAUAUACGCUCUCUGGUGCUCCUGGACGAGUCUUUUGGUGGAAGUCAGAACGAGAUUACAUUGAAAAAAGAUGAGUUCUUAUGGCUCAACCUCCUUGUUGUUGACUGCUUGGCCAUCACCAAGAUUGUCUUCACCAGCGGAUCUGCUCCUAGGCUCGAGAAGAUUGUCUGGUCAUCUUCCACAUCGCUCUCCGGCAUUGAGAAACUUCCCAGGUUGAAGGAGCUCGAGUUCAACUCCAAGAUUCUCGGCGACCAAGUCCCUGAUGAGGUGAGGGGGGCCAUUAAAAACCACAGAAACAAUCCUAGUCUUAAACUCAAUGGACCAGAAACUCAAGACUAGGCAAAAAGGAGAUGAAGAAGAGGACGACGAUGCUGCUGCAACAUUCUCUUUCUACUGGAAGAAACAGAUUUGACGCUGGAAGGGACUCUCCUUUGAUUCUAUCUUGUGCUAGUGUGGAUUGCAAUUUGUUCUGCUUGUCUGUUUACUUUCUGCUGCGUGUUUAUGUCCUGUGUGCAUUACAACUAAAGUAUCUCUGUUUACUUGCUCUACAUAAGUGCCCUAGUGGCUCUGAUUGAGCAUAAACGGUUGUAUCUAUGCUUGUAUUUGAAUUUGUGUGGCUUUCCUAUGUAUCGAACAUCGUAUGCAUUCGUGUACGGUUUCAUGUAAUAAAGUGUGAGGUUUGUGGACACAUUUGAC